AUGAAUAAAGUGCUAAUAUUUCCCAUUAUGUGCCUUAUUGCUUGCUCUUGGAUUGGUUUGACCACAUCUCUAGACUGUUACGUUUGUGACAGCGCUUCGGGUCAGAACUGCAACGACAAACAAUCGGCAAAAUGCGAUACGGAAUUGGCUCAGCAAACGAUGAAUUAUGCUAGCAAAUAUUUAAAUGUGAAUGAAACGAUAUUAAGUACCACCAGUUCGACAUAUAUUUGUGUGUUUGAGGCCAUUUUAAGUAACAAUCCUAUGCAGUUUUAUUACGGCUGCUCCUACAGCACUAUAGAUAUUUGCGCAUUCACGGCUGUUGGAUUUAUCCAAUACCAGCGUUGCAACAUGUGUAACACGAGCUAUUGCAAUAACAAUAACAGUACCAAUUACACUAAUAACGGCAAUUACAGUUCAACGUACAUCUUUACCUUGACAGCGAGUAUUAUCUUGGUUUUGAUAGCGAAACUCUUUUGCUACUGAGUAAACGCGGUAUUAUUAUAUCAUUGUCAUGUAUGGUCAUUGAUUCUAUUACAAUUUAUUAUUAAAUGUUUUAUCAACUAUUUUUACAAAUGUA